UUUCCUGACCUAGUUUUUGUUACUUCUGAACUCAGAAGAAGCUGGGGCAGACGUGGAUGGAAUAUGAUGUUGGAGCUUUGUGUUUUUAGAUCCAAAUUGAGUGACCAUGUGACUUGUGACACAUGAUGGUGGACAACCUCCCAGCCAAUAUCUCCUUGCCAUUGCUUGGUAUUGGGGCCCUGUCUCUUAUCCUUAGUCUUAUUUUCUGUUGCUACAUGUGGAGAUUGAAAUGGAAAGCAAAGAGAGAGAGAGGAUACAGGAGGGUGAAAUUUGUGUGUAGAAAAAAGGCAGCAAAUGAGACCUGUCCUGUCUGUCUAGAAGACUUUGAACUGAAGGAAUACAUAGCUAUAUGCCAUUGUACACACUGCUUCCACAUGAAAUGUCUUUUAGAAUGGCUACGUCAUAAGAACAUGUGUCCAAUGUGUAAGGCACCGGUGCAGUCUGGCUGUGUCAGUGAGAGGACCGGGCUAGUGUCAAUGCCCAUACCCACAAGGAAUCUGCCUACCCAAGUCAACCAUGUGUGAUAAGAAUACAUGUACCUCUAUUUCCUGUAUUGGUACAUGUGUUUAUAACUCUUUUAUUUUCAUAGUUUCAUGCACUUUUAUUUGUUUUUAUAGAGUGGAUUUUUCAUUUUGAUUAUAAUGCAAUUAUAGCGUGCUUCCAUCUUUGUUCAGGUUUUUUUUCCUGGUUGAAAUAGAAUUGGAUUGUUUUAUAUGUGAGCAUUCUUCAAACAGUACAAAGACAUUUUUUUAAAAAUCUGCAACAAGUUCAUACUUGCUGAUUAAUCAAAAUCUUAAGAGGGAAAACCCCAUGUAAUUGAAUAGUGUAGUUUUAAACUUCACUAUAGCUAGUGAAAAGCACCGUAAUAUGUUUCUAUGUAUCACCUGAGACUACUUGAUUCUUUGCCUUUGUUGAAAUCUUCUAAAAAGUUAUUUCAGUGAUAGUCGAUGAAAAUGAACAUGUGAAAUGUCAAUUUUGGAGUUCAUUAAUGCUUUUUAUCAUGCAAUGCAUCUGAUAAUUCAUAAACCAUGUCUUAAAAUCAAAAUAUGUACAGGCAAACAGUAUAAAUAUGCAUUAAAGUAUGCACAUGCAGUUUCAUAUGCAUGUCUUGAUUAUCAGAUAAAUGCAUGGUUUUGUAGCUUUGACUUACGAUUUCACAUACAAACAAAGCUAUAGAAUCCUUUCCUGCAACAAUAAUUUUGCAGUACUGCAAUAUUCUUUGAAGAAGGUGCUCUUACACAAGUGUAUUGUCAUAGUAUAUUUAUACAUUGUUAUGAAGUGCUUUGCAGUGCUAUUUCUACCAAUCUUUCUCUGUUUUAGCCAUUUCAAUUAAUGUUGCCAUAUAUUCAAUAUACAUGUACGUAACAUGAUAUAUCUACUGUGUAAUCACAUGUUCUGCAAUUUAAGAUGUAUUUGUUUUCUUUGUUUACAUUUGAUUGUUUAAGUGUACUUGGGUUUGUAUUUUGUGUUUUUAUAUGAUGCGGGUGAUAGUCCUAUCGUGUGUUUAUUGUAAUGAUCUUUAUAUGAAUUAGCAAUACAAUAACUGAUUAUUACAUGCAUAUGUGGGCCCGAAAAUUAGACUAAGCUCUUGACAAGAAGAGUUGUUGAGCUCAGAGCCAAUACCAGUAAUUGUUGUUAAUACCUGUAAGUGCUAGCUAGGUGCUUAUUGUUGAAAAGAGUCUUUUAAGAUAUUUUUUGUUUAAAGCCCUGUACCAGAAGUAUAUGUACAGGUACUUUUGAUCCCAUUUAAAUGUGAGUACUGAAUUCCACAAUUCCACUGUUUUGCAUUAAAUUGCAAGAACAUAAAAUUGCUGCAGAAUUUGUAUCUUAGUUAAAAUUUAUAUUGUUAAAACAGUCAGAAAAAUAAAAGCAAGUUUGAAAAAGAUCAGCGAGAUGUGAUUCUCGCGAUUUAAGGAGGAUAUUAAUUUCUCGUGUUUAAUUAGGAACAAGUACUAGACAGGUGUUUUGGUUUUGAUGUGUGUGGUGCUGUAAGGCUACAUUCCUGUAAAACUGGAGUUGUUUGUCGAAGCAUUAAAUAUAGGGCAUACGUGUAAUGUAAUGUAUUUUAAUCUUCUGCCAUAAAUGUACAUGUAUAAUGUGUUUACCGGUAUGUAUAAUAACUAUUAACCAUGGUUUGCUGUUUGACAAUUCACUAUGAGUACCAGGUACCGUACAUGGACUUUUUUCUUUUAAUUGUUCACAUAUAUAAAGUUAUGAUACAAUAUAAAUGUAUUUUACAUGUACAAUGGAUUCAUAUAUUUUGAAAAAGUGUUUUCAUUUAUUUAAUCUAAUAUUAUAAUUUAUCUACUCACGUCAA